AUGGCCGAGUCCGGGCCGGGGAAGCACAGGUUGAUCCUGUUCUUUGCUUCCUUCAUUGCUCUCUACUUGCUGAUAGUGCCGGCUGCUGCCGUCAAGCACGAAAGCUUCAAAACUUGCUCCCAAUCGGGCUUCUGCAACCGCAACCGAGCCUAUGCCGACGAUGCCACCGCACUUGGUAGCUCGUGGAAUUCUCCCUAUGAACUCGAAUCGUCGACGGUCGAAUUAAAGGAUGGUUUCUUGCACGGCACUGUUGUGAAAACUACCGUCGCUGGAGAGAAGGUCCGACUGCCUCUCACUGUAUCCUUUCUAGAAUCUGGUGUCGCCAGGGUUGUGUUGGACGAGGAGAAGCGACUCAAGGGGGAGAUUGAACUUCGACACGACCGAAACAUUCGUAAAGAGCGAUACAAUGAAUCAGAGAAAUGGGCAAUCGUCGGCGGUCUGAACCCAAGUAAAGCAGCCGCCCUCAGCCCAGACGCUGAGGCCGGUUUCACAAAAGUUCAAUAUGGCCCAGAGGGCCAGUACCAGGCUGUCAUCCGUCACUCUCCCUUUGAAGUCUCUUUCCAACGGGGAGGAGAAACCCAGGUCAAAUUGAAUGACCGCGGUUUUCUCAACCUCGAACACUGGAGACCCAAGGUCGAUGCUCCCGAGGGCGAGGAGAAGCCGGAUGACGAGUCUACAUGGUGGGACGAGAGCUUCGGUGGUAACACGGAUUCAAAGCCAAGAGGCCCCGAGAGUAUCGCUCUUGACAUCUCGUUCCCCGGCUACGAAUAUGUUUAUGGUAUUCCCGAGCACGCCGACUCCCUCUCGCUCAAAGAGACUCGUGGCGGCUCUGGUAACCAUGAGGAACCAUACCGAAUGUACAACAGCGAUGUGUUCGAAUACGAGCUCAACAGUACCAUGACUCUGUAUGGUUCAAUUCCAUACAUGCAGGCUCAUCGCAAGAACUCCUCAGUUGCCGUUUUCUGGCUGAACGCUGCGGAGACCUGGGUUGAUAUCGUCAAGACAAAGUCCACCGCAAACCCCCUGUCUUUGGGAACUGCUGCAAAGAAGUCGACCCAAACGCACUGGUUCUCGGAAACCGGCCAACUUGAUGUUUUCGUUUUCCUUGGCCCCACCCCCCAGGCUCUUAGCAAGGACUAUGCAGAGUUGACGGGUUACACUCAGCUCCCGCAGGAAUUUGCUAUUGCGUACCACCAAUGCCGUUGGAAUUACGUUACUGAUGAAGACGUCAAGGAUGUCGACCGCAAAUUCGACCGCUAUCAAAUCCCUUACGACGUUAUCUGGCUGGACCUCGAGUAUACUGAUGGCAAAAAGUACUUCACUUGGGAUCCUCUGACUUUCCCCGAUCCCAAAGGGAUGCAGCAGCAACUUGACGACUCGGAGCGUAAACUGGUGGUCCUUAUUGACCCUCACUUGAAAAACGAAAACGGGUACCAAGUUGUGGACGAGCUUAAGAGCAAGGACUUGGCUAUCAAAGACAAAGACAACAAUAUCUAUGAUGGCUGGUGCUGGCCCGGCUCAUCUCACUGGGUCGAUUGCUUUAAUCCAGCUGCCAUUUCAUGGUGGAAAGACCUUUACAAAUAUGACAAGUUCAAGGGCUCAUUCCAUAACUUGUUCAUCUGGAAUGACAUGAACGAGCCUUCGGUUUUCAAUGGUCCGGAAACUACCAUGCCCAAGGACAACAUCCACUUUGGUGGCUGGGAGCACCGAGAUGUUCACAACAUCAACGGUAUGACUGUCGUCAACGCUACUUUCCAAGGUAUGGUUGAGCGAAAGAAGGGCGAGCAGCAACGGCCAUUUAUUUUGACGCGAUCCUUUUAUGCCGGCACUCAACGAAUGGGGGCCAUGUGGACCGGUGACAACCAAGCAGAAUGGGGACAUUUGGCGAUGUCUCUACCUAUGGUUCUUAAUCAGGGUAUUGCCGGAUUCCCUUUUGCUGGCGCAGAUGUCGGUGGCUUUUUUGGUAAUCCUGAUAAAGACCUCUUGGUUCGUUGGUACCAGACUGGAAUUUGGUACCCGUUUUUCCGUGCCCAUGCCCAUAUCGACACUCGCCGCCGCGAGCCAUAUUUGGCCGGUGAGCCCUACAUGCAGAUCAUCAGCCAGGCGAUUCGUCUCCGUUAUCAACUUCUCCCUGCCUGGUAUACCGCCUUCCACGAGGCGUCAGUUGAAGGAAUGCCCAUUGUCAGACCCGAAUACUACGUCCACCCUGAUGACGAGCAGGUGUUUGGAAUGGACGACCAACUCUACCUGGGCGCGACUGGUUUGUUGGCCAAGCCUGUCGUUAAUAAGGACCAAAAUUCCGUGGACGUCUACUUGUCCGACAACGAGAAAUACUACGACUACUUUGACUAUACCAUUUACCAAGGCGGCGGAAAGUGGCACACUGUUGAGGCUCCGUUGGACAAGACCACCGUCCUUAUGCAGGGAGGCCAUGUUAUUCCUCGCAAAGAUCGUCCACGCCGCAGCAGUGGCUUGAUGAAAUGGGACCCAUACACCCUGGUAGUAGUCCUGGACCAACACGGCGCCGCCGAAGGAACGCUGUAUGUUGACGACGGCGAGAGCUACGAUUUCGAAAAGGGAGGCUUCAUCCACCGACGCUUCCAAUUCGCCGACUCGACCCUUUCCUCUGAGAACAUAGGCGCCACGGGUCCCAAGACCAAUGAAUACCUCAAAGCAAUGACCAAUGUGCGUGUGGAGAGGAUCGUGGUCGUCGGCGCCCCAGCAGAAUGGCAGCAAAAGUCUAGCGUCACCGUGAUCGAAGACGGAGUCAAAGAGGCUACUACUGCCUCGUUGCAAUUCACCAGUGGCCAGGCGGGCAAGGCUGCAUACGCGGUUGUGAAGAACCCCAACGUGGGUAUUGGCCGGUCGUGGAAGAUUGAGUUUUAG